AUGCCUCUUCAAAUCAACACAGAACUGCUUCUUCACAACCUGAGAAAGGACCGGAAUAGAGUCUCGAGCCAUCACAACAUCUUUGGAGCCUCCGCUCUAGCUGAAAUACAUCCCGCCCUUAAUAAGUCUAGUCGGUUCGCAUCUGUCCACAAUGUGUUGCAAGAGCCGUCAAUGUUGUCAAAUCAGUCGAAUGACCUGUCGACUGUCUUCACACAAGAUAGUAGCAUCCGUAUCUCUCCGAAUGCUGCCCAGGCAAUGGGUCCGAAUUCCACACGCGACGGUUACACCCACCGGAUCAGCUUGGAGGGAUUCGAAGCACCUCGCGAUGUCAAUUCUUCGUCGCCAUAUCUUGACCCUCGAUACAGUCCUGAAGACUAUACCUCGACCUGGAAUGCUCUGGGGGGCACGCAGGAUGAAUGGAACACCCCCGCCAUCGGCGAGCGUAUGGAUUCCUUUAUCAGCCGCUCCAGCGACAAUGGAAGUCUCUCGAAAGCUUCUCAGUCCGUCGAAUCGUCUCCAAACACGCAAAAUUCGACAAAUGAUCACCAACCUGGCCUGAAUACAGUCCGUGCUGGAAUUCCCAAUUCGCUCGCCAGCCCGAUCCAGAUGUCUGCUGAUGAAGCAAAGCUACGUCGAAGUCAGUCGGCGUACAGAGUUGGCCAAGUGGACAGAUAUGGUAACUCCUUGGACCAAUCUUUGCCCCAGUCGGAUACGGAGAGGGCCACCGACGCCAUGCGGAUCAGGGAUGCCAUGAUGUCUAUCACCCAAAUUAUCGACGGCCGCAAGACUGGAGUCAAUUGUUGGAUCAACCACAUGUACGAUGACCUUGAUGUGGAGGCAUGGGCCUGGCUCGUGCAAGAGACAUGCGAACAGAUCCAUACGGCUGGAUACUGUUAUCCACGCUACGAUUGUCGACUACUUGAGGUUAAGCCUAAUAAGGUACUCAGCUAUAGUCAGAGGGUGACUGCGGUCUGCGAUGUCUUGUGCCGCCGCAAGGCAUACUGUACGUUCGUCAUCCAGGGAGACCUCCAGAAAAUCUGGGGUCUAAUCGCGAAUCCAGCAGAGGUCGACGGUCGCGCGAGGGUCAAUCUGAAGUCAAACGGUCAGAAGAAUGAGGACCAGAAGGCUGGACGUGAGCUACGACGAGGAUCACAGGCUGAGAGCGCUCCGGUCACGACGCCUGCCAUCCAACGCCCUCGCCGCGCGACUAUUCAGACGAAGCGCAAGUGGGACGAUUCCGACUCGCGCGUGGAGGACGAUAUUUCCUUGGAGGAAUCUGAUGGAGAAGAUCGUCCUGAUCUUCACCGCAAGCGACUCAAGAGGGGCAACUAG